AAAAAUAUAACAUAAUUUGACGGUGUAGAAUUUUCAGCCACAUUGUUCCGACGUCAAACAAUUAAUGUCGUUAACAUUGAUCGUGCGUGUGUAUUAAAGCAUGAGACGCCCACCCCCACAAAAAAUCAGUGGGUAGACGCAGAUCUCUUUGUACGAACCAAUAUAUUCUUAUUUCUUUUUCUGUCGUUUCUCAUGUGGUCGGAGCCGCCGCAUGCGACGGAACCGAGCUCUACUCCGACGCUAUCUCUCUCUCAGCUUCUGCCGGAGCCGCCGUGGAUGCCCACGCCGCCGCGUUUAACUCUGGCCUCAAUCCCCUUCCUGUGGGAGGAGGCGCCGGGCAAGCCCCGCCAAUGCGCCGGAUCACAAGCUCCGCCGUCGCCACCGCUGCCGCCGGGAGAGAGAACGUUGGAGCUGCCUCCGCGGCUGCAGACCGCUCUGCCGUCGCCUACAACGGUGCUCGACGGCCCGGAAAUUAGGAGGGCAGGGGGAUCCAACUCCAAGAGAUGGGGCAGUUUCAGGAAGUGUAAGGAAAUCGCCGUCGCCGGCGGCGGCGGCGGGAGGCUUAGAAGGAAGAGAAAUGUAUUGCUAUCAGUUUCAUCUUAUUCAAAAUCACACUUCUUGGUGAGCAUCUAUGAGAGGUUUAAACAGGUUGUUACUGUUGGUUGGAGACGAAGGUGAAGAUUAUAUAAUUAACUAAAUUACUUCCAUUACAAUUUACAACUAACUUUGCAAUUGUAUAUGUUAAAAAUAAAUUUAAACUUUCUCCUGUUCAUAUUACUAGACGAUAUAAUUGGAGAGAUAUCUCUAAUCGAGACCACUUCAUUUUAGCUUUUAAUUUGUUACAUGCAUAGUCAGGAUAAAAGUGAUGUUUUUAGGACCUGUUUGGGAAUGGUUUUAGAAUUGACGAGUUACCUAUAAUAAUUGAUAUAAUUAUCCUAACGUUUAGUUACCUAUACUUUUUUUGGUCGUUUUUAUAUAAUCAAAAGUGGUUUGGAAUGAUUAAUAUUUGAAGUUUAAAGAGAUGAUUUGACAAAAGUUUCCGAGAGUAAUUUUUAGAAUCAGAGUAUGUUUUUUAAUUUUUUUUAUAUAUUAUGGAUUCACUUACACACUCUACCAAACCAACUAAACUAAUACGGAGAUUCGAACCGAACCGAACCAAAGCAACUCGAUUUGAGUUGGUUCAAUUCUUUGGGUCGGUUGAGGUUGGGUAGAAGUGAGUGAGUGAUGUUUGCUGAAGGGAAAAGAAAGAGCGGUAAUUAAUGUGGUAUCCAUGUGGGCAUAUAUUUUGAUUCAUUGCUUAUAAUAUUUUCGUAUUCCAUAAUCCACACCCAUUUCUCUCCUUUUCUCCAUUUUCUUCCUAAGGCAGAUGCUUAUUCCGGCAGCCUCCUCCGCCGCAACAGCCAGGCACCUCUCUCUCUCUCAUGAAUGUGUUUUUUUUUAUCCUUACAAUUCUGAGUUUGCUAAAUGAGCUUUAGAAUUCAUCUCUAUUUCGUUUCAUUCGUCUCUCAUCUUGGUUUAAACUUUUUUUUUGCUUUUAGUUGAAUGGUGAAAUAACAUAGCAUCAAAGCACGAAGUCUUCAAACGAAGAGUUUUUCGAUACGAAGUUGUAUUUACGGAUUUAAUACUUAGAUUUCAUAAUUUCUAGAAGACCCAAAAUCUCAAAUUGGUGAGGUAGGAUUGUUUUUAUUUUUAUUUUUAGGAGAAUAUUAGGAUAAGCAUAUUCUUAACCAUGCAAGCAUUUGUAUGUCAAAUGCUCCUUCUAUUUUGUUUUAUUUUUCUUUUCAGGCAUCUGAUCGGUCGUUUGAAGAUAGUAUAACAUUAAUUAUAUAUAUUUUAAAAAAAAGAUGGUUAACUCUUUUCAUUCA